GAAACCAACUGGGAUAGUAUCCGGUACGGUAUCCUAUCUUGCUGCUACCCCCCUUAUCUCGCGUCUAGAUUUGAAUCACUAUCUGACGCCCCGUGCUUGACCUGUGCCCUUGUUUGCUCCGGGCAGCUUCGUUGCGGAGACGGUCUGGAGGCUGCGUAGUUCGCAGUUGAUAAGGACCACCUCCAAACCGAGCUCGCCUUUUCUCCUCUUCCACUCCUUCUCCAAAAAUUUCUGCUCCGGCAGCUUCACUAAAUCACGGUUUUCCGCAACUUCGUCUCUCUCAGCUACACACAGCAACCUCUUUGGCGUAUUGCCUAUUCGUUGCAUCUUAGUCUCACGAUGGCCAAAUGGGAAGAAAUCCGAGAGGAUCUAUUCGAGGCGGUGAUGCAAGUUCAAGGUCCCCUUACCAAGGAACAGCAUCAACAAAUUGUCGAGAUCAUGCAAGCACGAGGCCACAACAUGGGUUGGAACGCCAUCAGGUAUUUUUGCUGUUUUUCCCUUGCUUUCACUUUGCGGCAGGCGGCGGCAGGUACUGGAGCUGGAUGGGGCAGUGCCUUGUACUACCUACCUGCUCGGAUAUUAAAGCUUGCCGUCUGCCUCUCUCCCCACACCUCCUCGCUCCCUCAACCUCUCUUUCGCCUCAUCUUUUUUGGGACUCGAACCUCAAGGCUACACCACCCACCACCCUGCACCGAGCCAGACGAGACUGCCUUACCUCCCUACGUGAGUGGCAUCAAUCGGCAGAAAGCCAUUACAAUGGGUUUUCGACAGCUUAUGAACUGGCAUGCCGAGGUUCACACAGACCUCCUGAUGGCAUUCGUAGCUCACUUCCGGCCGAGCCCGGACGAUUACACUGCCAUCACGGCAGCUGUGAGUGACAAGUACCAGUUUUCCAGGGGAGCUCUCAUGCAACACUUGCAGAAACUCCGUCGCAAGGAGGGAGGAGCCGCCGCUGGCGGCGCUGAGUCUGCUCCGAGUGCAUCGGGCACGCCCAAGACUCCUCGCAAGCGUAGCGCUACCAAUACCCCUGCCAAGACUUCCGCCAAGCGCAAGGCGAAGAAGCAAGAUUCUGAGGAGGACGACGAUGAGUUCGACAAUAAAACUCCUUCAAAGAAAGUCAAGAAGGAGGAGGGUCUUUCGGACCAAGAGCUGCCCCCCAACGGCUUUUCCGAUGCCGCCUAAAGAGUU